CUCUGGAGGGUUGGCAGGGGCAACUGAAGGCGCUGAAGAACCUCGAAGAUGAAGUCGGGAACGUGAUGCGUGACCGUGAAAUCCUAUGUGGAGACAUGCGAACAUGACGCUAUGUAUCCAUCCACCCGUAUACGCGGUACUCGUGACGUAAUGUACGGAAGGGAUGGAGCUGCGUAUUAUUGGUUGCCCGAUGAUGCCGUAUGGCUUUCAUGCCCUCCAGCAGUGGCUCAAUUUUUGUCUUUUCUCUACCCAGUGUUAACCGGCUCAUCAAGGCUUCCAAGCAGACGAAGCCGAUGCGGGACUCUGUGCUUUCAACGUCCGGCUCCGCGUCCUCGCUGAACUUUGUCAAACCCGAGGUUACUAUGGGUCCGAAGAUGAAUGCAGCACAGACAGAGCUGCAGGCAUGCGAAGCACACCUUGCCCAGAAGGAGCAUGAGCUCGAGCAUUUGCGAGUCACCGCAAUAUGCUCCGGGCUCCAGGCACGUUGCAAGGCAAUGGUGGAAUGUGGAUGGGCCUGGGGCGAGAUGGGAAAGGAGGGUCUCAGGGCAUUGGAUGGUAUGAGGGCGCCCAACGGAAACGGAAAUGCACUCCACGUUCUACCACCGACCCACUCAAGUCCUGCACAGAAUUCUGACACUGGACACGCCCCAUCUGACUUCUCUUCCCUUGCGCCAUCCCAGAGCGCGUCUCAAAUCGGGCUACCUCCCAUUCCGGUCGCUCACACCGAACCUGAUUCCUCCUGGCACGACCAGCCACCGACGCCGCCCAAACCGUAUGCGCUGCAGAUCCCCGCAGCACACUUGAUACCCGACAUGCCGAAUGGCAUGCCGACGUCUCGUUCGCCGAUCCCAGAGGUCGAGGAGGAAGAAGAGGAAGGCGGCGGGAGCAGUGAGUCUGAGGAGGAUUUAGGUCCAGUCGAGGUGCACGAGAACGCACGGUUUGCGAAGAAAAGGAAGGGUAGAAUGACAUCUAUGAUACCCGAACCACGCUCCGCGCUUGAGCCUCAUGCCAUGCGGGACUCUGUGGACAGCGCGAGACACGUACACUUCCCUGCGCCAGCGCCGAGCUACGACUCACCCUCGAGCAACAAAAAGGAGCGCACUCGGAGCGGAUCGUCCUUUUUCGGAAGUAUCGCGUCGCUAUUUCACCACCGAGACCGAGACCGAGACCGAAGCGGCGCGUCUGUCGACGAGCACGAUUCUCCAGUUUCGAGCAGACCGGCUUCGCGUUGGAGCACGCGCACGGACAAGUACCUCAGCAAAGCCAUGCGAGGAGGUGACAGCUCGGACGAGGAAGGCGACGAGGCGCAUGUACAGCAGUACUAUACUUGGUCACCGACGUACGAGGCCCCGCAGGCACCCCGAUCUGCCCUUACAGCCUCCACGUCUGAGAUGGGCAUCCGCGCGACACAGCAGUCAAAGAAUAAGUCCACGAAGCGCAAGCCUGUUCGGAAUACUGUUGCGGACGCAGACCGAGGCUGGGUGAGCGAUGGCGCGGCGACGUUCGGCGCGAGUGCGAACGUGAGGCGUACUGCAUCGGUGACGAGGAAGCCUGAGUCCGGAAAGGCGGCACAGCCGAAGAUGAAUGGCGAUGCAAAUCCAGCUGCCUUGGGUCGGAGCGAUUCAGUUUCAGCUAGGACUAGAAAGCCUUCGCUGCCGGGAACUACGCAGGUAAUCCUCGGCGAUGCCUCUGUCACGGUGUCGCGGAGCUCGUCAUUGUCGAAGUCUCAAUUGAGCACGGCGUCAGCUCCUGCACGCGGCCAUGCACGCAAUCCGCCGCUGGAGCAGCAUCAACAAGGUCUGAAUCGCGCGCGGACUACUUCUGCCCACACACCCAACCCAACAUCGCAGCAGGCUAAGGAUCAUCGGCGUUUCAGCUCAGUGUCCACUGUUCACCGCUCGGGUCUGACGCGGAACAACGACGGCCCAAGUCUUAUGAGCAUCGUCGAAGGCGUUGCGAAGCAGAACAAGGACGCGUGGGCGAAGCAGGAUCCCAACCGCAUGCUCAUGCCUGUGAAAGCUCCGCCGCCGAUACACAUUAGCCAGGACUAUAAUCAACCUCAACAGCCGGCAGCCAAUGUCAGUGUGCCUCGGGAUGCUGGGCUGUCCAGAAAUAACUCGAUAAGCAAGAGCCCUGCGGCUGCCUCGCCGCUGGAGACGCUUUCAGAUGUUCCCGCGUCCGCAUCUGCGCCGUCGCUGCCCGUGUCAGCGAACAAGCCACCGGAGAAGAUGCCACUGCGCUCGGCGCUCAGGAACAGUCGGACACCGUCACCCAACCCUCCGUCAACAUCCGCUGGUCCAUCUCUCAGUGCCGCACCGGACACUGCAGUGCCGGUUACGAAUGGGUCAAAGUUGCGCAAUGGAUCGCGUAGCCUGCUCGCGCCCUCGCCCGCAGAGGAUGAUGCGACGUCCAUAUCAUCGUAUGAGACAAUCAACGAGGUAUUCUACGACGCGGAGUCCGAUCCGCAACCUGAGCCUGAACUCGAUCCUUCCCUUGCGCCUCCUACACCCCCUCCCAGCGACACAAAGCCGGAGCCCGCAAAGGGCGGCGACCUCUCUCGGUCUGUAAGCUCGAGCAGUACGACAGGCACCGGACCCAUACGUAGGAAGAGCGUGCGGAUGUCGUUGCCGCCGACGUUCUCCACCACUCCGCCCGUGUUCGACGACGACGAUGAUGAUGCUGAAACGACCAGAGGACGCCACCAUCCCUGGCCAUUGAACGGCGAUGCGUCGUCUGGCCGUCAAGGCGGGUGGUCGUCCAGAGUUCAAGAGCGGGAUUUGUGGCAAGAUUCCAGCGAUGACGAUGAGGAAUAUUUAAGAGCGAAGAGACUACUCAGUCGCAUGUCCAAGAUAUGAGUUCUCACAGGAGAACUGUCCUUUGCCCGUCAGUUGCCAUUCGCAUAAACCCUUCACUUGCGAAGUAAAGGCAGUUUUUGGUUCAUACAUUCUUACUUAUGUACUAUUACGCGUUCGUCAUAUACUUUGCCCGGUAUCGUACUGUACCCAUACGUAUUAGUAGUUUAUCAUUGUCCUAGUAAUUCGGUUCAUAUACCUUGUUUGUUCUAUUUCAUCGUACAACGUAUAUACACGUACAGCCAGACAUGCAUUUGAUAUCAUCUACGCUUGGCGUGACUUGCGAACCUUCAUCGGCG